AGAUGUUACCUCCUCGAGGUCCCGCUAGCAGUGCGCGAUCGGAUCUACGAGUCUGCUCUGCUGCUCAACGAAGGAGAACCAGAACUCAUCACCAAGGAGAACUUCGCCCAGCCGGCUCUCCUCUGCACCUGCCGUCGGAUUCGAUUCGAAGCCAGUCCAGUGUUCUACAUCAUGAACAACUUCAUGUUCCAACUCCCGAAUUUCGACAUC